AUGGGAAAUGAACAAUCGACAGGAACUGUUUCGAAUAUACCAACAACUCCGAAAACACCAGUCUAUCAUCCAAAUAUAACUGUUGUUAAUUCUGGUCCAAUAACUGCAAGUGGUUCGAGUGCAACAGCAUCAAGUUCAUCUGUAUCCGAUGAUAGUGAUUUAAAUAAAUUAGCAGCUAUUCCGAAAUUUUUACCUAUUCUUCGUUCAUCAAUUAAUCUACAAAAUGAUCCAACACAAAUACCACAUCUUGAGAAUGGACCGUUCCUUUUCACUAUGAGUGAUAAAACGAAGUUACCUUUCGAUAAUCGAUUUUAG